AGUUAAUGAAUUUCCAGUUUCUAUUGUGUUAUGUACGUUGCUGUGAUUUCCAUGCACGCUCUUGUAGAUAAAACAGAAGUUCGUUAGGAUAAAAAAUAACUAUUUUUAUUGUGAUUUCGAGAUUGAUCUGUUCUUUAACUUAUGCCUUAAAUCUAGUGCAAUUUUUUUAAGUACUGUCGUGUAAUAAAUGAAGAAAUAAAAUUGUGCAUGUAAGAUUGUGAGUACUGUUUAAAAAAAUUGUAUCAAUAAAAACGUCGUAACACGUAGUAUUUGCAUUAAGGAAUUAUUGUAAAAUGUCUGGAGUACUUGCCGGUCAUGUGUCUAAACGCAAAAGAGGUCAACAUGUAAAAAGUCGUGCAGGACAAUGAAGAGCAUGAUAAGUUUAGAGUGGCAUACAUAAGCUUACUAGCAACGAGUCAAGCUAUCUGCGUAAGAAGACUGCCAUUGGGAUGAAAUGUGCUGAGAAUGAUGGCAAUAAUGCAGGACAGGAAUAGAGAAGAAGUGCCCAAGGAGUUCUUGGAGACGGGACGUACGGGACGGAGGAAUGCCAUGCCGGACAUCCUGCAUCCACAAGGCGCGGAGGUUACGACCGCGGAUCUGCCGUCCAGGCUGCAACAGCUCGUCACCACUGAUCCCGACAAUCCACAGGCGGGCGCAUCGACGACGGAUCUGGACGUCAAGAAAGCAGACGAACAGACCGCUAAAAAGGACAGCUGCAGUUGAGCUGUCGGUCUCACUCAAGGUCGAAAGACCGAACUGGACUAGCCCAAAGCUAAAGUAAUCUCAACCAGGUAUAGUAUUACGUAGUCACACUUCCGCAUGGGCGCGGUUGUACAAAUGUAGUUUAGGCGUUUUUAGUUUGACAAAUGAAGUUUGACAUAACAUUGACGUUUGACGUCAUCUGUAAUGGUAUCUAUGAAAUGAUUUAUUAUUUUACUGUGCACCAAUAAUAUUAUCCCAAACGAUCGUUUUCGAUAAGGUCCGCAAAGGCUUCGUGGGUAUAUAUCUACUUGGCUUGGACACUGUCAUUAAUAAAUCUAUGUGCGGCAGUAAAACCAACUCGAUUGAAAACCCAAACUGCUUUUGUUGGCUAAUGUUAAAAACGUCAAAAAGUUUCUUGAAGAGCAAUGAAAUCAGAUAAUAUUUAUAUGAAUCAUUGUUUGCCUAGUAACUGAUAAUAUCAUUUUAUGAAUACAAAAAUCGUUCUGUUGUUUUAUGUUUUUGUACGAAUAAAAUUAUUGACACAGUGACGAUGUAGUAUGGCAGCUUUUUUACAUGAUAAAUGUCACAAUGAGUCGUUUCGUUCCUUUCAAAAUUAUAACAAAUUUAAUUUUAAAAUAUAUUUUCAAAUGUAAUUCUUAUAUUUAUACGACUGUUAUAAUCUGUAAUUAAAAUAUUUUUUUCAUGCAGCUUGUCUAUGGGUUCUGUUGGGACAUUUUCCACAACUUUUAUAUUACAGACUGAUCAGACGAUAUUUUUACACACGCUUAAUAGGGAUAUUUGCUAAAUUUUAUCGUGUACAUUGGCUUAAAAGCAAAUUCCACCAGUAAGAAAACUUGUGAAAACAGCAUCGAAAUUAGUUAAGUGUAAUGAGUAAGUGAUGUAUGAAAGAGUAGUAAGAAAAUAUUUCCCAACUCCCUCGCACCCCUACAGGUAGUGACGCCUCGAACAGUUGUGAAUACUCUUAUAUUUACUUCACUACUAAUCCCACUACAAAAGCUUAAAAGCUUUCUAACUUCGUUCAUUUGUAAACCGAUUUAGUCUUGCAAAUAAAUAUAUUUUAAGUGACAACACUGUUUAAACAAAAGGCACACACAUAUUCGAAUUUUGUGUAUAAAUUGAUUUUAUAUUACAUAACAUUGCUUAUUCAUUAAUCUUAAAGAAAGAUAUGUAAAAACAAGUGAAAGUAAUUAGACAAUACAAUUUAGUCUAGAAUAGUGAAAUAGAAAAGUGAUUAAGAAUGUGCGUGUUUGUAGUUGAAUUUUUACUGUAGAUUUUGCUAUUAUAUUGAAAAACUUAUAUUCGGCUUUUUCUGUACAAAAGUAUAUUUGUGAGUAAAUUGUAUCGAUUAAAUAUUGUGCGUAAUUGAUGUGGCAAAAGGACAUAGUGUUGGCUGUGGGGUUGCCAGAUAAAAUGAAUUAACUCGUAAAAUAUAUUAAUGGCGCCACAUGAUGACACCUUAAUAUCUAAAUAAAAAAUGUCAAUUUUGUUUAAAAGACUAAUAAUCCUAAAUAUUGGAUUUGUAUUGAUAUAUUUAGUGGCAAGCGAUUAGAAUAUUAUUAAAAUUUAUGGUUCAUGUUUUGCAUGUAUGUGAGUAAUGUGUAAUGUUCGGUCUUGUUGCCUGUGGCUGAAUAAUGAAGAAAAUGUAAAUACGUUUUCUAAUAUUAUAAAUUAUUUGUGUAUUUUAUCAAUCGUUACAUCUAACAAUAUUGGUAGGAGUGGCCCCAUGAUGCUAUGACCAACAGAAAGCUAGCACCAGACUAGAAUUGGAUAAAGUGAGAAAUUAAACAUAUCAAAUGAGUUGAUUAGUCUCAGAUAAACGAAUCUGCCUUUUUAAAAUAUAUUUUAGCAAACAGAAAAUCCAAUAAAAAAAUUUUUUACAAAACAUUUCCUCAAUGCACCUUAACGCAGCUGUUAUGUUAAUUAAUUUAUAGCCACGUGCAAAUGCAAGUAAAGAAAGUUGACUUCUUUAAUCUAUUGGUAUGUCUAUUUGGUGGGAAAUUCGUUCUUAAUUCUACACAGAAAUUAAUUUUAUAACUUCAUAUAUCAUCAUCUCUGUCACCGCUAUUUAUUGACAUUCUACAUUAAUACGAACUGCUUUUCAAACAGGAAAUAAUUAACUUUAAAGGAAGUCCUCUUUUUUUACAUGCAUAUUGAAAUGUUUUUGUUUUGUUCAAAUUAUAUUCUAAAAUUUUCCAGUGAUGUGAAAUAUAAAUUUUAACUCAAAUAAGCGAGCCGUAUUCGAGCUCACAAAGUUAUAACACAGACGUACUAUCAAACACAACUAUAUUUUUCUUAAUUUAAUCGAAAAAUCUGUCAAUAAAAAUAAAGUUGGACAUAGUACAUAGCGGGGUACUAUAUAGCAGCCCUCUGUCGCGCCAUAUUUGUUACGAUCAAGAAAUACAGUUUCUAGAUUUGUAUGUAAUCAAUUUUUAUGGGUAGACGCCCAGAUUUCUCUUCAUCGGACCGACAUUGUAUGUGAUACAAUUAAAAAUUUUCAAUCGAUCAAACGAACGGGCCACGAUAUCAUUAUCCAUUAGCCUGACUAAUUUUAUUAUAUCGUCUACUUGCAUUAAAACUGUAUAAUCUCAAAACUUCCUAAUUUUACAGGAGAGUGUUUUAAAGGGUUGCAACACUUUAUUUUU